AUGAAAUUCUUCGUUGCCUUCGCUGCCCUCAUCGCCGUGGCUGUGGCCAACCCCCUGUACACCUGGAGCCUUGCCGACCUCACCGAGGCCGUGAACAACCCAAAUACCAAUCCUGCUCUCCUUCCUUACCUUCAGUUUGCGCUUAGUGAACUGACGAACACAAUCGCUAAUGGAAUUGCUGUGGACGCCAUUGUUGUGCCUACCCCGGCAGACCUUGAAGAAUACUCUGCUCCCAGUUCAUGGACUCUCCAAGAACUGUCUCAGGCACUCCAGGACCCUCACACCAAACCUGAAUACGUGCCUGCUCUAGAGGCCGCUCUAGACUCUCUCAUGAGCGCUCUCGCCUCUGGUCAGAAUGUUAACUCCAUCGUCGUCAACAUGCCCGUUCAAAACAUCGAAAUCGAACCCAUUCCCGUGUUCCCCGAACCCGAAAUCCAAGAGCCUGAGAUCCCCGUGCCCGAAAUUCCCGCUAUUGUCCUCCCCGCACCCGAAACCCCCGUGUCCAGCCCCCUUGUUCAGGUCAUCGUCAAUGUCAACGGCCAACAACAGCAGGUCACCGAUGUUGCUCAUGAAAUCGAACCUACCCCUGUUCAGGUAGUCGAUGACAUCCCCGCCGACGUUUUGGCUGACCUAAGAUAA